AUGCCCCGGGCAAGGUGUCCAUGGUUGGUUGCAGCGGCGCUUGCGGCCUGCGCAGCUCUAGCGUCGGCGCGCCUGCGGAAAGAGGAUGACUCGCAUGUGGACACGUUGAGUUCCGUGCACCCGACAGAGCUGCCGUGCCUCAACCCAGCGAAGCGGGCUAAGGUGGACUUCCCGCCGAGCCUGCUGCUGGGCGGCGGGGCCAAGCCGGUGAUGUACAGCGGGUACGUGAACGUCACCGAGCAGGACUUUCUGUUCUACUGGUUCGCCGAGGCCCAGUCUGGCGCAGGCCCUGACGCCCCGCUCAUCGUGUGGAGCAACGGCGGGCCGGGGUGCUCGGCCAUGGAGGGGAUGACCACCGAGCACGGCCCCCUCAUUCUCUUCGGUGUCCGGGAUGAGGGGGGCACGUUCCCGGGCAAGCUGUCCGAGAACCCGUACUCCUGGAACAGGAACGCGCACGUGUUGUACGUCGACCAGCCGCGCUACGUGGGGUAUUCGUGCGGUACUGGCCCGUCUGUCACAUCGUCGGAGGGUGUCGGCAAGGACUUCGUCGCGUUCCUGCGAGGCUGGACGCGGCUGUUCCCGGAGCACUCCCGGCGGGACCUCAUUUUGGCCUCGGAGUCAUACGGCGGUCGCUACGUGGCAGCUUGGUAUGCAGCCAUGGCGGAGUACAACUCUCGCGCGUCGGACGAGGAGCGCCUGACGACUACAGGGAUCAUUCUAGGCAACGGCUUCGUCGAUGAGGCUGCGCAGGGCUACAGCUUCACCGAGUUCGCGAGGCGGCAGGGCCUGAUCCCGGCGCACAGCGCCCCAACCUCCAGCAAGCAGGCGCGCGAGAUGAUCGCCAAGAAUUUGGGCUACCAGCCCAACUACUACGACUACCGGCUGCGAGAGAAGGAGUGCUGCGGCUGCUCCUCGUACAACUACAAGACUUGGGGCGAUUGGCUGCUGCGGGAAGAUGUGGCCAAGGCGCUCAAUGUGUGUGGGGACGCUGGCACGAAAGCAUUUGGCGGCUGCGCCGCGGGGUGCAUCAGCCUGCCCGACUUCGACAAGGACAGCUCCUUCGACGCCAAGGAGGCUAUGUCUCAGGCGCUGGAAGACGGCGUGAAGGUGACGCUCUACUACGGGAUGCAGGACACGGCCUGCAACUACGUGGGGGGCUACGCGCUGGCGGCGUCGCUGAGGCGGGCGGGGGUCGCCGACGGAGAGAGUUGCGUGCUGCUGGAGCUCCAGUCCCCCUCCAGGUGGACGGGGCGGGUCACAUGGUGCCCGUCAACAACCCGGCGGCGGCCACCUUUGCCAUCGGCACGCUGCUGCCGCCCGCCGCCAGCGCUCACUGCCCGGAGCAGGGCGACGCCUCGCACGUCCAGGGCAAGAGCGCGCUGCAGCCGCUGA